UCUGAGCCGCCAGUGGCCUUAGCUCUAGCUAUGUCCCAGCCUGUGACCUGCCAGCCAGUUGCCACAGUCUCACCUUUGACCCAGUCCUCAGAAGGCAGCUGGAGCAGUGGGAGGUAUGACUGCUGUUCAGACUGCCCCAUGUGUUGUGUUGGACUUCUCUGCCCGGCAAUCCUGGCCUGUUAUGUGUCACGCAAAUACGGGGAGCACUGUUGCCUCGGACUGGUGCCUGGCGGCAUGACAGCCCUGCGGACUCACAUGCGGCUCUCCUAUGGCAUUCCGGGCAAUGUUUUAAGGGAUGCCAUGUCAAUGUGUCUUUGUGGCCUGUGUGAGUUGUGCCGCAUGGGCCGUGAAGUACACGCCCGCUCUCUGACUUAAUAAGAAAAUGGAGGUGCAAAGACCUGCGGGGCAAGAGCUGGACACUGCAUCCUGAGCUCCGCAUGCGCCAAUAAAAAGCUCUUC